AUGGUAAGUACAAACUUCGGGUGGUCCUCACACAGCAUCGUUUGCUUUUGUAAGAAGUCUAUUUCCUGCUUACCCAGUGAUGCAACGUACCUAUUCUGACAGUAGUAAGGUCUCUGACUCUAUGACAUUGGAACUGUAAUUAGUUGCCCGAACCACGCCAGCUAUCCAACUGCGGGUUGCUGCCCUUUGCUUUGUUAGGUCCCAGUUCUGUCCAUAUAUAGUUGUGUUAAAGUCAUCACUCUCUUUACGGAUCUGUGUCUGGUUCCUAGCUGGGCAUUCUUGGGAUACCAAAACAGUCCUCAAGAACAAUACUUUUUGUAGUUGAUCUUGCGUAGUGGAAUUCACCUAAAGUUUUUUCUUUCACACUUGCGUUUGUAACCUUUAAUUCUCAUUUGAAUUACUCGACCUUCCUCAGAAUAAGUAAUUAUCGCGGCACACUACCCGCGGUUGGACGUCGGACUCGCAGUUAUAGUCGUUUAGGGAUACUUCUCUCCCCGAGUUCCUCCGAAGUACCAAGUGCGGCGUUUUUUCCUAUCCAUCCAUACCCUGCCCUCUUUUGGUCACCGAGGUUCCAGCCAAACUAGUUGGUACAUCUGCACUUCGGGCUGUUUCUGGUGAGGUGCAGCCCCAUUUCGACGGUCGAUUUCCAGGUUUAAGUUUUCGUCGGCACUAUUUGACAACUGCAUCUGCCGACCGCAGGGCGUUGACCCGGGUUUUUUAGAUGCCCUUCACAGAAAAACUGGUUUUGGACGUACGGCAGUUCGACUGUCCAUUUCGAUGAUGUCCACUGUGUGCUCUGCAUCAGGCUGGGCCCAGGGAGGGUGACUUGCGCUUGGAUUAAUUCACAGUGAUGGCAGACUUGUAGUGGAUCAAACGCACUCUUUCCUCCUCCCCCACCUGGUCCUGGUGUCAAGACAGAUUCAAAGAGACCGCAGAUGUCCAGCGCAGCACGAGCCCGCGCCCAGACGUGCUUCCAUACCUCCUGGUUCAGCAUAUAAACGACCAGGAUUUCAAUCAACAAUAAAAAGCGGGCAGUUCGUAUCUCAUCUGAAUUGCAGUGUAUAAAGGCCGCAUUAAGAAAGAGCCGUUCCGGUCUGACUCAGUUCAUCGUUUGGUCACUCGGCACACAUACUGGGUUAAGGUCGAGUCGUGGGUUGAAUCGUCUUUUGGCAACCUUCCAACCCACGGCUUUAGCGCACAGUGAUAUAUUCGAGCACGUCAGAUUGUUUACAGCAGGUAGCAUAUGUUGAGAGUCCACCUCUCUCCCCUCCCCCUUGCACCAAUAGAUUGCACGAGCCGGUCAACCAACCGAUGCUGAGAUUGGGAAUAGAAGCUGACGGAUCUAAUAACAGCCCGUCUGCGCGUCCCACGCACACGGCUUGAGUCCCCGCGCAGCACACCGGGAUUCCACACAAAGGGGGAGGUCUACUCGGAUGUCGCAUGUUGGCGGAAGAACCGAAGAGCACACUUCGCACUUACUUGAGAGCUGUCUGAUUUACGUGUGCGUUGUGUGCUGUUGGACGUAUUCAUGUGUGUUCCAUGUGCUUAAGGACAAGUGUGUGGUGAUGCAAUCUAGUCUGGGUUAAUUUACCGCAAGUCUUCAGGAAGGCGCAUUUAACUGAAUAGGCCUAUGUGAUGACUGAAUGGGUGCGGCCAGUGUAGGCAGUGACGAAUAGUGUUUGUUGGUUUACGAGGCACUGGUUUGCCAGUCUGUGUACGGCGAAUUCGCAUAUGAUCGGCCAGGCCGAUGCGUGAUGUGAAUGCGCGAUGGCAGGGUUGGUAGGAUAUGUUGGGAGCUACUGAGUCGGUUGUGGCGAUGCUGCUAGUGGUGGCCGCUUUGACGGACGGGGAGUUGGCAGUGCUGGAGAUGGAAUAGCUGUCGGAUGUGUCAGGUGUGCUUGAUUCGUCGAUUUUGCGCAGAAUUCCGCUGGUAUGUAUCCACAAGUGUCCAUAUAGGUCAUCAAAGUACAUCAAAAGAUACCAUGACCUCAUUUGGAUGGAUGCUUACUCCUUUGAGUUUCUCCAGGAAUUGUGCUGACGAAGAGACCGUGGUGUCUGACUCAGCGGUCAGGAACUUGAGACGCACGCAAGUCACCGUGGUUUCUCUUAAUUUGCAGCGGAGCACACGGCAGACGUCGUGGACUACGACGGUCGAACUGUCGUGUUACUGUGUUUUUUUACUGGGCACUUUUCCAUAGACAAUAUCAGACAUUGCGCUAUGUCCCUACUAGGAAGCAUCGGGGUGCACAUGCAGUGUCUAGAUGUGUGUGAAUGCAUUUGUAUACUUUGAAAGCAGCGCAGGUAAGCGCGUGGCAACUGUACUAAAUGAAUGGUCAUUCCGGCGUUCGGCUAUUCCGCAUAAUUAUAGCCAUUGUAAAACUCUAAUGCACUCUUUUAUCAUGUGAUGAAUUUUAGGACCAGGUAAUUCUUUUAAAAAAUCGAUACAAAUUGGUAUUUUCCGCAUCUUUUUCUGCAGCUGUGAAUAGGAAUAACGAAAGCAGUUAAUUUUGACGCAAAGACUUGCCGCUGCUCAGUAGUACAACUGCCGAGAGCUGCUUGUUUGUGUGGAAGUGUUUCCGACCCGAAGGCCAGCGUACUAUCCUGUACAAAUGUAUCUGUGCGUCUCGUGCUCCCCUAAGCAACCGUUUUUAUUUGAGAGUAUAUUUUUGAAUUGUGAUCUAUUUUUCCCGUGUUUUGACGUCUAAUCUAGACCUAAGUUACGUCCCUCGCAUUUGGUAAGCGUAAUACCAAACAUGCCGAAAUUAAAAAAUUCAGUUUUCGGUCUGGCUUUUUAGUUGAAUGUUAUAAAUGAUUCCGUUAAACUGUUAAUUGACAUCUACGUUUGCCUGUUUCUGUUUGGUAACUAAAUGGUUGAAUUUUUUCAGCUUUCUGGGUUCUACGUGAAACCUUUAUUCUGCCUGUCAGUCCUGAGUACCUUGGCUGCACAAAUUAUUUCGGUAAAACUUAGUCGCACGUUUCUUGUAAGUACUCUUUUUCAUUCAUUCUCUAUCAUAUGCCUCCAUUAGUUUAUGAAACUGUGUGAUGGUGUAUUGCGUCAAUAUCCCUCAUCUCAUUUACUACCUCGAUGUCCGAUUUACCCUAAUAUGCUCAUGAGUUUGAUGUCAUUCAUCGUUUUCCGACCUUAAACCAGUCACGUUUGCUUUAUCAAUUAGCUUUUAUAAUGCCGUUGACACCUAGAUUACUUUGUCCACGGCUCUUGUCCAUAUCCUCUAGAAAGUAAACAAUUUCUUACGUUGGUACUCCCUUUGACUUCUCACCCCCCCCCCAAUCACCAUAAUUUCAGUACACUUUCCCUGUCAUAAAUCAGUUAAGAGGCCGAUGCCUUCCCGUUUUUGCCAAAAAAAUUAGUAAAAGCUGUUCAUUUCUUGUAGUAUUCCUGUUUUCCCUCUGUUUUCACUUAUAAGGUGGUUCUUGCUACUGUAGCCCACCUAACUGAGGAGAGCAGUGGUACUCCUCUUGCAUAUCAUCAUAUUCUGCUAUCGUUUACCACUAAAUCAGGACGUUCAUAGAAUAAUAAACGCUGCACUUAUCUGCACUUUGGUUCCUUUUUUCGCUUUAGACUUACCUCUGCGUGGUAUCCACUUCUUUGGUAUCAUGCAUUCUUCUCAUUGAGCACUUUAGAAACCAAGAGAACUACCCAAGUGAGGUACUAAUGUAAGUUUUGCUAAAAUUCAUAUGCCUCGUUUUUGGUCCUAUUUACACUAAGUUCACCAAGGACAGCCAAAACACGAACUGAAUUUGAGUGCCACACGGACGAAUAAGGAUUUAACAUACAGUGGAUUUUCUGUCUCAUGAAAUGUUGGCCGAAAUUCUGAAAUGCGCUUUCGAUUCAAAAAGAUAACUUAAGUAGAGCUGUAAAAACAAUAAUCCCAAGAUAUUUCAGCCACCCCAGAAAUUCGGCUUUCGAACAAACUUCUUUCCUGCCGCCUCCAAAACCUCCACUCUGAAAAGUAUGUACUUAAGUGGUGUGCAUUUUUCUCAUUGAUUUUCAAUGCUUUUGUAAAGUCAAAUAUAUAAUUUAGAAGAUACGCAUUAAAGCAUUCGUUCGUUUACCAGCUGGGUAGCAAAUGACAUCUGUAAAUUUUAUAUUUGAAGAAGGAGUAUUUUUCGGCCUCAAAAAGUUUCUACUCAUGAGGUAUUUUAAGAACAUGAAACACUCCUUCGUGAAACAGCGUAUCUCUAUAUUUUUUAAACAUUGCUUGUAAAGUAUAGAAUAUGGUUCAAAUCCACCGCAAUAUUUUAUGAAUCAUAUUUGAUACCUUCCUACUAACAUACAGAAAUGCGUCCUUUUCCUUGCACGGAAAAUAUGCAGCCUUUAGUUGGGAGAUCGUGGAUCCAAGUGUAAUGGCAGGUGGGAUUCAAGAUUAUUCGGGAAUUCAAAAAAACUUUUUGGAACCGAGCUUCUCUCUUUGCUCAGAUAUAAAGUUCAAAGAAGACGUACUUCGAUGCCCAGUAAGCUAAUGAACGAAUAUUUUUGUGCGUGUCGUAUACAUAAUACAUCCGGAUAUAUAAGAACGCUGAAAAUCAGUGAGAAUAAUGCAUACUAUUCAAAUGGCUAUAUUUUAGUGAGUGGCUUUUGCAAACGGGAGGAAAGAAGUCCAUUCAAAAACCGGUAUCCUGACGUGACCUAACUAUUGUGGGAUUCUGCUGCACCACCGGUAACAUUGCAACCCUACUUAAGUUAUCAUUUCGAAUCAAAAGCACGCUUUAGAAUCUCGGUCAAAAUUCCAUGAGAUAACCCAUCUACUGCAUGAAGGUCCGGGCGAGGUUUGGUCCUGCAGCGCCACUUGAUUGAUACCAUAUGCUUAGCUUCCUAGAACAAUUUUGGUAAACAUACCUAAUUUAGCCAUUCGCUGGAUUAGGAAGGGAAAGAGGGCGUGAACGGGACUUUGUGCAAGCUCAGGGAAACGCGCGGGACGUGAACACACCCCGCAACAGAGCCACUCGCUGAAUUAAGGGGAUAAGGAGACCGCAAUCACAACUGGAAGACCACGGAGGAAAUUGCGUGUUACUUCGCAGUUCAUGGCCAUCAUAAUGGACCCGUUGGAAUUCCAAAUCGUCCGAACAAUGACACUAGGAAGUCUACUUUGCCACUCGUCGGAUUGGGAUAAUAAAGAGGGUGCAGGCAGGGCUCGAAGCACGCGCAGGGGGAGCGCGUGUGAACUGAUACCUGCAGUAACUGAGGCUGGCGUAUGACACGUGAUGCGUUUGGAGUCAGCGUAAUCGCACCUGCUCCAAUUGUUUUAUGACGCUAACCAUAUGGUAUUAAUUAAGUGGGACUGCAGGACCAAACCAGACCAUUUUUUGUUUAAGGAGACCGGUCAAAGGAGUGUGCGCGCCUCAUUUUCUGCGCCAGAAGUGAAAAUCCAUAAAGCAAUAUCUGACAGAAGAAACUCAUGGACACCGGCUCGGGGCGGGUCUAGAAUGGGGGCAAUUUGCUUGUCUGGUGCCAAACCACGGAUGACGUCGUUUAUUAAGAGUUCGGCCCUGCCAGCCAAAAAUUUUGCAUUUAUGAUGCCUAUUUGAAUGAAGGUGUGCAAGAAAAGUUGACAUCUAGACAUGAUGACGUUCAAAUCAUGCUAGGGGGGAAUAAAGUUCGGAGUUGGUGGGAAAUUGGGAGGAGGAAAAUUUUUAGUUAAACAAACUGACAUGAUUAAUUUCGAGCGGCCAAACAUUUGAACCGUUAAUUAAAUUCUGGCACAGUUGCUUUUGCGACGGAUGCUCUAGACUUCGUCGCCGAUCUUUGCAGAGCCAAAUUUGCGUUACUUAACUGGUGAGCGACCAGCAGCUGUCCGCAAGGCCAGCGUAUGCCUUGUACUCCUGGGCCUACUUAGUGGACUACAAUUCUCGGACAUGCGUCAGACACUACACUAGAGCACUUUAUUUAUGUGGAAUACGGGACAUAGAGGACUCAUAGAUGACGGUGAUACCUGCAACACCCGUCGCUAGUUUGCGCGAUGGUAAUUCGCACUUUCGUGCGGAACAUUAUUUUACCAUUUGAUUCAUCCAUAUGCCAUCGCCUGUGUCAGUAAGACUUUUCUGGCGUUUCUACGUCACCGAUUUUUUAUUUAAGUGCAAAGCCUGACUUUUUGGAACUCACAAGUUUUAAGGAAAUUGCCAUUUUUACAGAGUUACGAAACACGGCCUGCCGCAGGAUAGCAGCAACCGUCUCGUGACCAUGAGAUUGCCCACUGUGCGAAAGAAAUUCGCCACCGUAGCUAGUCCAUAUGCUCAUCCUCCUCCAGUGGCCAACUUUGACGACGUGUUAAUUAAUUCGUACGAUGACUUGCAUGUCCUCUUUGCGACCCGGCAAAAGACAGUGAAGUUUGCUCCCCUUGGUAGGUACAAAUAAUGUUAUCUAGGGGUGCCAGGUAAGUAUAGCGUCGGCAACGGUAGCUCCCUUCUCUUGUCCUCCACGGAGCAGUCGUCUCCGCACCAACGCCUUUUGUCGCUUUCUGGCCAGAAGGAUUGCAACUUGGUUGCACCCUCGCGAUGCUAGUAAGUGCGGCCGCUCGACGUUUUCGAAGGUACUUGACCCUGCAUGAGCCGAGAUGCGUCCGGUGGAUAACCCUUGCCGUUUUGCUUCUUUGCGGGAAGCCCUAGUUUCAUGAUCGAAUAUCGGAUUUCAGCCCUCAGUGUUUGAACGAUGCUAUUUCUCGGCGGUCUUAGGAGAUAAGCUACGGCUUAGGAAGUGCUGUCAAUGCAUGGAAUCGAGCGGCAGGUUUCCGGCUGUUCUAUCAUUGGACUUUCUCCCAAAGUGGGCAACAAAUGGCCACGGGUCCGUGCGCACUAACACGCUAGAGCAAUGAGGAUGCAUCCGUUUUCUCUGGUGGCGAAAUAGUCUCUCCCUUCAAAACUAUCAUUUGGAAAAUCGUGAUUUAUCAUUGAAUGUGUAUUAAAAACUCGUGUUUAUACAUCCGAAAAUCAGUAAAAAAAGGUCUAUACCGCUUAAUUUGCGAUUUCUUGUAAUGUACAUGAGCGGCUGACAGAAUGGCCGGUCAAGAGCCAUCAUGCUUACCUGCAGGACCCGACUGGAAAUUGUAUUUCGUGCUAAUUGUUUUUUUCUUUUCUGCGUCUGUCGACGAAUUGUAUUGUUUUAUGAAAUUCUGCGCAUUUUGAUAGUGUCGCUGACUUCGUACCGACACCUGCUCUGUCCUGUGGAGUCUCCCUUUAUAGGAGCACUUAAGCUAGUUGUUCGACCGUGCCCAUUUUACUGAAACAUUGGAUGUUUUUUUCACUUUUAGGUUUAUUAAGGCAUUUGGCCCGCUUACAAUGGGACUGUGGGUCGCAGGGAACGUGCUAAUCGCACGAAAACUCGCCGGCUGUGUCCCUGAGGUUUAAUCGCGAUCUUUGGCUUUUUCCCAUGUUUCUCAUGCCUCUCCGCACUGCUUUUGUCGUAAUUCACGCGGUUCCGUGCAGCCUAGGCAGAGGUUUACAGAGCACCUUUGUGUUUUAAGGAAUUCACCGAGACUGGUAUUCUGUAUGUCCAGCAAACUGGCGAGUAUCUUUCGGGUACUUUCUUUGACGCAGCAGGCAACAUUUUCGGGCAGUCGUAACAAUCGAGUCGAGUAAGUGGCGGAUAAACUUUCAUGUGUCUUGGACCAAGCCUUACUCCCUACUCAAAAUGCAUGACUAGAUAUCGGCGAUAGUUGCCAGCCCUUCUUGUCUUUUAUUACUGAGCCUCUGUAGUCAACAACAGCGAUCGCCUGUGGAUAGCUUAUUAAGCAGAAAUGAGGAUUGCUCCUUUCGAAUAUACAAGGAACUUUUACGAUGUUUUAACCUAGGAAACCGUGUUUAUAUAUGACAUGGGAGGCAGUCGGAACCUGGGUAAAAUAGAGGAAAACGAGUUAAACGCCGUAGUUGCCCAGUUUUUAUUGAAUUCUGGCAAACUGGUCGAUCAAGGAUGGGUAGGCGGGCCUUUUCGUAUGAACAGUAGUUGUCUGUUCGGUAUUUAGAUUAUUCAGGCUGGACAGCCACCCACCUGUCUGUUUGCAAUCUCGGGCCAAACUAGCUCCGUUAUCUGAAACCCCGGGUUUUGACAUGAGACCAUAUUCAGGGUGAUAAAGUAGCGAAGUAAAUAAUAGGGUACAUUGAUAAGGACAGGGAGACUGAAAUCGCAGCUAUGAGUUGUUUUUUUUUGUUGGUGUACAUACAUUGUCUUAUGUCCAGUCGCAUUAAAUACUCGAAGGUAGAGUAAGGCGAGGGAAUCGUGAAUAAACCUAGAACGGCUGUUGCUUCAUUUACCCCCUUGACAGUCUAACUUUGAGGUUUAGGGUACUUUUGGUUCAGGAAUAAUCAGGUCGGGAUGUAUAGUCGUUUUGGCAGCUUAGGCUUUGAGUUAGUCGAUAUUUAGCAAAGAACUUUUCCCGUUACUAUGAAAUUGCAGUCCCCAACUAUUGCUAUAAAGGCAGACUGAACCGAACUAGUUUGCAGGUCUCACAAAGCCAGGGUUUGUAUGCUUUUAUAACUCUUUUCGUUGAAUGCAGGCGCCUCACCAGCUUUGUUUAUUUAAGCAAUCCAUGCUGCUAGGCGCAUUCGCAUAGUUUCUUAAACCCUUGUGAAAACAACGCGCUCCCAAGGCGGCUUUUGACACUUCACCCUAUGUGUACCGAGCACGUUUCGGCCUUGUAGUAGCGCAUCGUCUUACCAAGAACCGCCUUAUCGUUAAUUGCUGCUAUAAGCGCAUUUGUUAAUACAGUCCAGUUGUGCGUCACGGAUUAGUCGCCUUCUCAUGUUUCUGACACGCCAAUUAGUAUUCAGCUGUCCAACGCUCCUAACUUUUUCUUUUGUAGAAAGCGGGAUACUCAUCGGUACUGGCCCACAAUAUGUAUACAACCCUGUUAGCUAACGUUCAGUUUGUAUCCUUUUGUGAUUCGUAAUUAAUCACACUUUCCAUAAAUACCUAUUAUUUUUUAUUGACCUCAUUUUCUGUCAGCGUGUUACGUUAACCCACAUUUCCAGACGAUUUCCACGGACUUGCCUCCUUUGUGUAGUUUUAUUUUACGAUUUCUACUUAUUAUCCAGGAUGUUACACUGUUUCCGUAUUAUCCAGCUUUCCUGAGUCCAGCGUAGUUUUUGGCCUAUGGGAGGGGGUCCGGCAUAUGCUAAUCCCAUCUGGCUUGGACACAGUUAUGUGUGCUCACCUAAACCAUCUUCAUCUUUUUAUGUUUUCAUGAACACGUUUUCCUUCGUAAAGGGCCUCUAUUACCACCAUUCUCGUAUUACAUGUGACAUUGUGCCAUAUUUCAGUGGGGUGAAUGCACACAUCCAAGUCGGACCUCCAGCGCCUCAUUAUAAAACUCACCAGUCCAAACGGGACACUCACUCGGACUAUAAAUUGCAUUCACUAGUUUUUUUCUUUCAAGCGGUCCGCUUUACAGAACCCGUAACUGAGUGCAAACUGAUAACCGAAGGACUGUGCAAAAGCUCUGCUAUUUUCGCAAGACUCACUAUGUUCAAAAAACUGUACAGUCAUUUGUCCGAAUUGUUUUUGCCCCAAAUGGUAUUUUACUCCAUAGUACCCUUAACUCACUUCGUCCAGCUUCUGGCACUUUCGGUGUAUUUAUUCGGCCUCGAUUUAUUCUCCGACAUGGCCAGGUAAGUAGGCACAGCACUUUGCGCCCAGAUCUGCCUCCGUUUGUGCAUGCAUGUAACUUCAUUCAUCGUGCCUGAUUCCAAGGACUCCAUAGUGCAGGUCCACGGAAUCGAUAAAACAUCCACGGCAUCGAUAAAAACAUAGAUUCAGCCUGUCUACGGCGGAGUUCUGGGUGGAGAUGAACCAACCGACUACUUUACUUUGGCAUCCGAGCAUGGUGAAUGUGUAAAAAAGUGUGGUACAUGCCGCACAAGGCUGCCUCGCCAAAAGCAAAUCCAGGCUCAAGUCACGGCCUCACUCGCCGCCUAGGCAUUGGUGAACUCCUUCGCACUCCGGUGAUCGAACUAUCAUGCUCUGCCAGUUUGUUUUUUGCCCUGAUUUUACAUAGCACCAAUGUGAGCCUCACGUUAGGAAAUAAUCCUACUCCUUUUUAUAGUUUAAAAACCAGCGUAUGAGUUCAGAUCUUCCAUCCACUUCUAUACUGUGUGUGAAUUAAAUUUCCCGUUUUAGGAAAAUUAGUUCUCGCUUGUGGCAGAAGCUUCCGAGUAUAGGAGUGAUGUUGUCGGGGGUAAGAUACUUGCCUAAUUGUUCUUUACUACAAAAUUCCAGGAAUCUUUUCUGAAAAUGUUCAACCCCUUUUUUAUCAUUAAGUACUGAAGGAUCUUUUUAAAACCAACGUACAAUUACUUGACAAGGGCAUACCCUGACAUGGAUGAGUUGAUACGAGGCUUAACGCCCUUUCACUGUUUUCGCGCCGUCUCCAUAUUCCAGUAGUUUCAAUCACACGUAAUAAAUUCCAGAGACUGCAAGAUCUUCGCAGUUACGUACUUCGUGCCCGUCUUCUCAGAUACUCUGCGUCGCUGUCAUCUCGUGUUUUUGUUUGAACCCAAAUAGUGUCCUACUUCCAGUGUUUUGAACUCUCUGAGACUUUCAGAUAAAUGUUUAAGCCACCCAUCAAGUAUACAAAAGCACCUGAAUUGGUUUGCAGUACAAGUUGCCACGAGAAAUAUUAUCAAGUCACUUUAUGUACGAUGGCAUUUUGCCAUUUAAUUUCACAUCUGUCCAGGCACCUGUGUUAGCCACAAUAAAUGACAAAGAGCUAUUUACGUGGAAUGUACCGCUUCCAUGAAUUUUCUCAACAUUCAUAAAUUCAGUCAUAUUCGUCAGAAAGGAGGGAUAGAAUUUGCCCUCCUUAUGCUGGCUUUGUUUGACCCUUUUCGUAAAUUUCAUUAUUGGGAGUGAAAAUUUGCAUGUAACUUUCUUACAUGCAAAUUUUCAAUCCCAAUAAUGAAAUUUACGAAAAGGGUCAAACAAAGCCAGCAUAAGGAGGGCAAAUUCUAUCCAAAGAUGCUCAUAUGAUUAUUACGAUAGAAAAUACCCCUGGAUUUAUUAUGCUGGUAACGAAGUGUGCAACUUGGGCUACAGUUGUUGGGUCAUGGGCUCAGUUUAGACAGCAUGCGUUGCAGCUAAUCUAGAAACAGAGAAAGAAAAAAUUCGAAAAAUGUUAAAAAUGUACACAAAUUAUCACACUUCUGGGCAUAAAAUGCAUUUUGUCGCAACAUUUGAAGUAAAUUCCUGCAAACCUUUCUCUGAAUGACCGUUAGACUCGGAGGCAAACUCUUUGGGCAUCUUUCGCGUGGAAGCUUUUGUGAAUUUUUUGGGAGAUGGCAUAACUAUUGUCAGUAUAUUAAAUGCCUUUUGCUCUUCUUCAAACUGAAUCUUGCAGCACCAAAAUAUACUUUAGAUGUACUUUUCGAAGCAUAUGCUGUCGGCCAACACUUGCAACAGCAGACUAAUUAAUGCAUUUUUCGACCUACUUGCCAUUGGGGAUUUUUGAACCAAACCACUUCACCAAAACUGGAGUAAAAUGUUCAUGCAUCGCGUAGAAUAACCCAAAAUGAGUUGUGACUUAUGCGCAGUUUUGCAUUUAAGGAAAAGUCGAACGGAUAUGCCUAACGCUCCAAAUGUAUUAGGACACAGUUUUGAGCCUUGGAAAUACCCUUACUUUCAUGUUCCAUCCUGCCUGGUCCUAUUAGAAUAAGCUCUGGAAACUUUUAUAUGUACAUUGCUCACGUUCGUAUACGUUUCGCAGAAAAUAACCAUUUAUUCCAUGGUGCGUCCGCUAAGUUUUUUGAUGAUUUAGUUGGUUAAAGUGAAUCCCUCAAACCUCCAAUUUCCGUGUACACUUGCAUGUCGCCGUCUUUUUCGAGCUAACAGAUGAAAUAUGCAGAAGAGCAGGUAUUUAUUUGACGUUUCGAAUUCUUGCGCGAACCCAUCGCCGAAGAAUGCAAUUUUUUCCAAUUUUUCUAUGCGUGUCGAGUUAUACCGGUCAAAGCAGAUAAGUAGACAUAUUUUCCAAGUGAAAAUUACCUAGGUCUUCUGAGUUGAUUCCUGGGAAACAAAUCCCUGUGGCCCCCAUUCGUAAGAAUUACUCAGCAAUUAAGUGAUAAGUCUAACAUUUGUGUGAGGACUAUAGCUUGCAUGAACUAUACUACAUAUUUUUCGUAUUUUAGGUCAUACCGAUCUUGUUGCUUGUUGUGUCCCAUGUGAAGACGCGAGUCUGGCAGCGCAGAAGCAUUGGGAGCGGACAUCAGUCGCUGCAAAGCCUGAACGCAAUCACAAUGUUUUGGCUUUUCCUGAUUUCCCAAUCGUUUUGCCUUUUGACCAUGCGUGGUCACGGUUCCUGGGCCGAAAUUGGCGCCAGCUUGGCAUACACUCUGAUUGUCCCUACCUUCUGUCUACUGGCAGGCCUGCUGUUUCUGACUCUUUGA